GGCUCUUUCUACCCUUCCGCUCGGCCUUUCACUCACAUAAACACAUUCUUCUCUGCAGGAGCCAACAAGAGUUCCACUGUCAGAAAGCUCUUACAAAAGAACAUGAUUUUUCAGACAAUUUUUGAAUGUUUGGACUGUACAGGUUGGCUGCUUUUUGGUUUUCUCUUCUUACUUUUGGUUGAUGUGGUCAAAAACGGGAGGCCUCACGGCUUUCCACCGGGACCGUGGCCCCUGCCGUUUCUUGGAAAUAUUUUCACUGGAGUCGAUUACAGAUCACUGGAGAAGCUUUCAGAGAAGUACGGCCCAGUGUUCAGCGUCAGGAGAGGCAGUGAGAAGUUGGUCUUUAUCUCGGGAUACACAGCGAUCAAAGAGGCGCUCGUUAACCAGCUCGACAGCUUCACUGACCGACCAAUCAUUCCUCUCUUCGAUGUCGUCUUCAAAGGCCUUGGCAUUGCUUUGAGCAGUGGUUACCUUUGGAAGAAGCAGAGAAAGUUUGCCAACACUCACCUGCGUUACUUUGGAGAGGGCCAGAAGUCGCUGGAACAUUACAUCCUUGUAGAAAACAACUUCCUGUGUGACGCUUUCAGAGAUGAACAAGGAAAACCGUUCAACCCUCACUUCAUUAUAACAAAUGCGGUGAGUAACAUCAUCUCCUCUGUGGUCUUCGGACAUCGAUUUGAAUACAGUGAUCCCACCUUCCGUAGAGUUUUGGAGCUGGACAAUGAUGCUGUGCUGCUCGCUGGCUACGCCCAGACUCAGCUGUACGACAUCUGCCCUGCACUAAUGAAGUAUGUGCCUGGACCUCACCAAACCGUUCACAGCAACUACGCACAGAUCGUUGAAUUCCUGAAGAGUGAAGUAAAGAAGCACCAGGAGGAGUGGAACCCUGAUGACCCCCGAGAUUUUAUCGAUGUGUACCUGGGAGAGAUGGAGAAGAAAAAGGAAGAUCCUCAGGCAGGAUUCAACAUGGAAACCCUCAUGGUUUGUUGUCUGGACCUGAUCGAGGCUGGUACGGAAACCCUUGCGACCACAUUACGCUGGGCUCUUGUCUACAUGGUGAACUAUCCCGACAUACAGGGAAAAGUGCAAUCAGAGAUCGACAGAGUGAUCGGACAGUCACGUCAGCCCACCCUCGCCGACAGACCUAACAUGCCAUACACCGACGCUGUCAUCCACGAGACGCAAAGGUUCGGAAAUAUCGUUCCACUGGGAUUUCCCAAAAUGGCGAGCAAAGACACGACACUGAUGGGAUACUUCAUACCCAAGGGCACAUGGACCACCACAAUGCUAUCUUCUUCGCUGUUUGAUAAGAACGAGUGGGAAACUCCAGAUGUCUUCAAUCCUGAGCACUUCCUGGAUGCAAACGGACAGUUUCGUAGGAGGGACGCCUUCUUACCGUUUUCAGCAGGGAAACGCGUUUGUUUGGGAGAACAACUUGCCAAAAUGGAGCUGUUCCUCUUCUUUGCAACUCUCCUUCAACGGUUUACCAUCUUGCCACCUCCUGGAGAAAUGGAAGUUGUCUAGCCGCUCAGCGAGGCCCUGCCAUGCUAGCUGGAACAGGGAAAGACUGAGGACCUGAUGCAGGUGUAGGAGUCGGUCCCUAACGCAGAGCAUCAUGGGACAUGCUGAGCUGGACAGAGACAUUGUGGACAAGUCCUGCUGACUGGGGAGGGACAACCACCUGGAGAUGACAGGAAAAAGGGACAUUUUUUUAUUUUUUGUUAAAUAUAAGAACUGGGCAGAUUCUUAAACUGGUGUCAUGUUUGAGUUAAUCACUGGUUCCCAGUCAAAGUUGUCUUUUAGACUAGUGAAGGACAGAUGAAGUAAAAACAUGACCAUGAAUGAUGACAUCCCAAACAACAUUUAUUUUAUAUAAAAAAACACCGGUAUAUUACUAUUAAUUGAACAAAUAAAGGGACAUUGAUGCCUUACA